UGAAAGGUGUUGGGACAAUCUGGCCCCCGCCAUUCAAAUCCUCUUGAAGUCUACAGAGUAGCAGUAAGUUGACUGCCGGAGCUAGCUCCGGGGGUCCACCUCGGCACAUUCACGGCCUUCGUCGCUAGUCGGUCUACUCCUGCCUCUGCCUCGGUCUAUCCGCGUGUCGGGUGCAGUCCCCGCACUGGGACCGAGAUGCGCAGCGGGGUGAUGGCAUCACUAAUAAAUGACCCCGAUUAUCAACACCUUGGAGCAGAAGCGAUAUAAUCAACAGUAGCUUACAAACUGUGAAACCGUCAACAACCAUCUGGCUCCAUAACUAACCGCCGGGCUGAUUACAUCUGUUUUCCUGCUUUCAUCAAAGAUAUUUAUUCUCCGAGACACCGUUGCUGAACCUGGGCUGUCCCGCUGUCGAUAUCAAACACAUCAGCCAAGCAUGUCCGAACUCCCGAAAACCAUGAAGGCCGUGGUCUUCCACGGACCCAAGAAGGUCGCAGUUGAGGAACGACCCGUUCCAAAGCUGCAAGACCCUAAGGACAUCAUCGUCAAAGUCCAGGCCACGGCCCUAUGCGGCUCAGAAUUGCACGUCUUCCGUGGCCACCAGCCGUCCCCAACCGACUUCAUCAUGGGCCACGAGUUCGUCGGCACCGUCGUCCAAGCCGGCAGCGAAGUCAAGUCGGUGUCCCCAGGCGACAAAGUCGUAACACCCUUCACCGUCUCCUGCAUGGAAUGCUUCUACUGCACCCACGGCUCCUCAGCGCGCUGCAGCAAGUGCCUCCUCUUCGGCAGCGCGGCCCUCGACGGCGGGCAGGCCGAGUACGUGCGCAUCCCCUACGCCGACGGCACCGUCCUGAAAGCGCCCGCCGAGAUCAACGACCGCGCGCUGGUACUUAUGGCCGACAUCUUCCCUACGGGCUACUUUGGCGCCAAGAACGCGUUUGGCAUGCUGCAGCCGCAACAGGAGGCGAGCGAGGCGACGGUCGUGGUGAUCGGGUGCGGCCCCGUUGGGCUGUGUGCUAUUGUGUCAGCGUUGGAGUACCGGCCGAGGCAUCUGUUUGCGGUCGACAGUGUGCCAUCGCGACUGGAACUGGCGAGGCAGUUGGGGGCGGAGCCGUUGAAUUUUGCCGAGGGGAAGGAGAAAAUGACGCAGAGGGUGAAGGACGUGACCGAAGGGAGGGGCGCGGAUGCGGUGAUUGAGGUGGUGGGGUUGAGCCCGGCGCUGAGGACGGCGUUUGAUCUGCUGAGGCCGUUUGGGGUUAUCAGCAGUAUUGGCGUGCACAACGCAGAGAUUCCCUGGAGUGGCAACGAGGCGUACGGGAAAAACCUCAGAAUUCAGAUGGGCCGUUGUCCUGUUCGGUCCAUCUUCCCCGAGGCGCUGCCCGUGUUGGCGAAGAACCAAGAAAAGUUCAGCUUCAUGUUCGACAAGAUCAUGCGGCUCACUGAAGCGGUUGAGGGCUACGAUCUGUUUGACCAGAUGAAGGUGCAGAAGGUCGUCUUCCAGCCUUGAUAUGGAAAUGAGGGCGCCGCAGGUUUGUGGA